AGCGUAAUAUUCCCACCGUUUUUUCUCCCUCCGUGAACAGCCGAAAAAACAAGGGCAUCCAUCGCUCUCUCCAUCUUCCUCUCAUCUCCUCCGUCAGCCUGAAACACUUCCCCCCCCUUUUUUUUCCUACUGUGUUUGUAAAAGAGCAUUCCGCGCGUGUGAGUGCGUGUGUGUGCGCGUGUGUGUCCUCCUCUCUACCUGGAAGGUUUGUUUUUUACGCAGGGGGGGAAUCACCGAGCCGAGAGAGGCGGAUGCUGCGAGCGUAGAGGCUGGGUACCAACCAGGAGUAUCACCGCACUCAACACGCGAAUAAGCACAAGCCAUGGAUCGAGACAGAGUACCAGGGGAUUGUCAUGGAGAACGACAACACCGUGCUGCUCAAUCCCCCUCUCUUUGCCCUGGACAAAGACGCUCCACUACACUACGCUGGUGAAAUCUGUGGCUUCCGGGUUCAUAAUGGCCCCUCAGGCUCGGGUUCAGUCCAGUUUGAAGCCGUGGUUCUCGACCGAUCCACUGGAGAGGGUCUGGUCCGGUCCAAGGAGCCGCUGGACUGCGAGAGCCAGCGAGAGCACAGCUUCACCAUCCAGGCCUACGACUGCGGAGAGGGACCUGAUGGAGUUAACAGCAAGAAAUCACACAAGGCCACCGUGCAUGUUCGUGUUAACGACGUCAACGAGUUCUCCCCCGUGUUCGUCGAGCGUCGCUACGAAGCUUCGGUCCCCGAGGGGCGCCUGUUUGACCGGAUUGUGCGUGUGGAGGCUCUGGAUGCUGACUGUUCCCCUCAGUACAGCCAGAUCUGUUUCUAUGACAUCAUCACUCCCAAUGUGCCCUUCGCUAUUGACAACGAUGGCAACAUUAAAAACACAGAGCCUUUGGAUUCAAAGCAUCAGCGUGUUCACACUUUCUGGGUGACUGCCUUCGACUGCGGGAAGAACCGUGCGCAAGCUGACGCCCAGGUUGUCGUCACCGUCAAACCGUCCUGCAAACCUGGCUGGAUGGGAUGGACCAAGCGUGUAGAGUACACACCCGGCUCUGGAAGCAUCCCCCUGUUCCCCAGCCUGCAUCUGGAGACCUGUGAGGAGACCGUGUGGAACAUCCAGGCCACCGUAGAGCUCCAAACCGGCCACAUCGGCAAGGGCUGCGACAGGGACAGCUACUCUGACAGAUCUGUGCGACGUCUGUGUGGUGCUGUGAGGGGUGAGGUAGACCUCCUCCCACCUCCGUCCCCCACUGCCAACUGGACCGCAGCUCUGCCCACUCUCCCUUCCUCUGACUCAUCUCUGGUCUUCUCCUUCAACGGGUCAAACCAUGUGGCCGUGGUGCCGGAUUCUGUUGUCUCUGCAUUAUCGGGCGACCACUUCACCCUGCAGCUGUGGAUGCGAAGGGGCGGGGCUAACAUCCAGCCUACAACCACUCAGACCAGAGGAAACCGCAAGGAGGAGGAAACUAUUGUGUGCAGCACUGUCAGGAAUGAUGACUCCUUCUCCCACUACUCCCUCUCCGUCCAUGGCUGCCGUCUCUCCCUCUUCUACUGGCCCGAUGUCUCAGCCGCGCGGCCUGUCAAGUUCCUGUGGAAACUGGAGCAGGUGUGUGACAGCGAGUGGCAUCAUCUUUCCCUCAGUGUCCAGUUCCCCUCAGUGACCCUGUACGUCGAUGGUGUGACCUUUGACCCCGCCCUCAUCCACGACAACGGAGCCAUCCCUAACCCUGUCCCUCGCCAGAGGAUGUUCAUUGGCGCCUGCUGGGAGCCAGAAGAGAAGCAGAAGGAGAUUCUAAACAACACCAUCCCAGAAGGGAAAGACUCAGUGAAGUAUGUGGGAGGGUACCAUGGCCUGUUGUCAGGAGUGACGGUGCGUCCGGGCAGUGUGGAGCCUCACAGCGUGGUCGAGUGUCUGUACGCCUGCAGGGAAGGACUGGACUUUGGAGACCUGGAGACUCUGGGCUCCGGCAUGAAGGUUCAUGUAAACCCCAGUCAGUCAGUGUUGGUGCUGGAGGGAGACGACAUUGAGAGCUUUAACCGUGCUGUGCAGCAGGUCACUUACAGGAACUCUCUACGCUUUGCAACCCCUGGAGUCCGACCCCUCAAACUGACCACCUCACUCAGAUGCUUCAACGAGGAGAGCUGCUUGUCCCUCAAGCAGCUGGAGGGAUACCUGGUGGUUCUGCAGCCUGACGCCCCUCAGAUCUCUCUGUCAGGGGUCGGCCCUCAUCUGGCUCGUCCUGUCUCUGAGUUUGAAGGUCCCCGUGGUGUGCCCCUUUUCCCUGAGCUCAGGAUUGUCUGCUCCCUGUCUCAUGCUGUCAACACGGCUGCACAGGGGAUGGAGGGCGGAGCUCUGAUGUCUGACGCAGUGGCUCACACUCUGGAUGGCUGUGAGGUCCAGCCACUUGGAGAGGAGCUAAACCCAGAGAGGGAGGAGCUUCUGGUGGACAUGGAUGUUGUUCGGGAGAGGGGACUGGAAAUCAUCAAUACUACUGCUUAUAUUGCCAUCACAGGAGCUGAAUCUAUCUCUGUGUACGAGGACGUCCUCCGCUCAGUGCGCUACCGACUGGCCAAAGGCUCAGCCCGUUUUGAGAGGCGGUUCCGUCUGUCCUGCUCUGAGAUGAACGGCAGAUACACCAGCAAUGAGCUGACCCUGGAGGUGAAUUUCCUCCACUUUGAGGACAGUCAGUACCACCCAUCUCACCUGCUGGCCUCCCAGAAGCAGUUCCUGCACCCAUCCCACCAUGCUGGAGAGCUGAGCGGACACACACUGCCCAACCCACACCGCAACUCAGUGGUGCCAGGAGCAGCCACUGUCAUCAUAAUGGUGUGUGUUGGUUUCCUGGUUGUCAUGGUGAUCCUGGGAGUGUUCCGAAUUCGCUCCAUCCACCGCCGUGGGGAAGGUUCCAGGGGCGGAGCUAAGGAAGGGAGCAGCCAAUGGGACGACUCUGCCCUCACCAUCAUCGUCAACCCCAUGGAGUCCUACGAGUCUCGCAUGGGCAUCUCUGCGGACACAGAGGGAGAAGGAGAGGAAGACGAGGAGGUAGCGGAGUCACCUGACGACGCUAGCGACGACCAGCGAAUCAUCAUCAAGAAGGAGGGGAGGGACGGAAACACCCGCCGCUACUGAGCCGCCAGUUCUCAUGGAAACCACAAACCGGCUCACCAGUCACACACUCCAACACGUUUUAAUAUCGACGACUGCUGACACCACUAGUAUAAGGAAUGUAUGCUUACAAACACAACGCACAACACAGUCACUGUAAUACACCUGACACUCGACGCCAUAUGUGACCUAUAGCCAACAAAGGGCCAAUUUUUCUCCACUUAAAUGUUCUAUGGCACAAUGUAUACAGUUCAUGUAAUUUAACCGCCUGAGCAAAACCCACCAAAAAAUAUGUGGUGCACCAGUUUUUAAUCACAAGAUGGUAAUGUGUCUGUAUAGUGUAUUACUGGUUGAAUGAGACUGCUUUUGUUUAAAAAAGAAAAAAAGAUUGUAUUUUAUCUUUUGUUAUUGAACAUAGAAUGAAAUCUAUACAAAGUGAAACCUGGAACAACAUGCAGGCUGUGAGGCAAAGAUACAAAGCCUUUAUCCCCACUUUUCUCUGCACUCCCCUUAUUAGACUCCAGAAGUCUGUGCACAAGCUCUCUGCAAUCCCCCUCUCAACACAUUCCUUUACAGCCGCAGAGCAAAGUCAGUGAGGUCAGAAAUUCAUUCAUAAAAAAAAAAAAACUUAAAAGAAACACUACGCUUGCAGUUUUUUUUUUUUUCAUCUGGUAUUGUGGCUCAUUUAGUGCUUCAGCUCCUGACUAAGUUUUACACUGGGCUGGUGUUAAACUGACAUUUCCAAGGACUAUCAAACUCACACCUCAUUCUUUACAUAAACUCUGCAAUACUCCAAAAAUACAACAUAAAAAGCCUACAAGUGUUGAGUCCAUUCAUCAUCAUUACGGGUUCAAAUUGGAAUCUCUGCAAAGUUUCAGUUUGUGUCUCUAAAUGACUAACAACAUAUUUCAACAAACCUGGUGCAACCUCACCUCUAACCCACUCCUCACAGUGACCACAGGAAUGUCUCUUAAUGACUCUCACUGCACUCUUUCACUCACUGCACAUUGCUCUUACAAUUACUGCAAGACGUCACGUGCAAAAAAAAAAAAAAAGAGUCACACACACACACACACACACACACACACACACAUACACACAGACACUACACACUCCAUAAUGCUACUACCCCUGCUGUUUCCAGAAUGUCCGCUCAGCUUGGGCAGUUUUGAUUGUAUUGAUUGUAAUGAAUUUUCUGUACAUACAGUGAUGAAUAUUAUAAUAUUGUUAUUACUAUUAUUAUUAUUGCAGCCACACUUUAAAGAGGGAGCAGAUUCUGAUUUACUUUUUCCCCCCGCUCCAUUAUUUAAGUGACCACUUUUACAGCAUCAGAAAACAGUAAAUUAAUGAUAAUAAUAGUAGUAGUGAUAAGGAUGAUAAUCCCUGGCUUGAUGAGUGUCUCUUAAGUUGUGUGUAAUAUUGUUGUAAUUUAAGAACUUGUCAAUAUCUGAAUCACAGAAAAAUGGAGGGCACAUUGUUGCGAUACUUAGACACGUCUCACUCAUUUCAUCUGUCACAUUUUUUCUGUAACUUUUUCACGAUUCAAAUCCAAACUGUUUUUAUUUUUUCACUCCAUGCAAUAUCUUCAGUUCAAUGAAUGUACAACUAUGUGCUUCUCCUCACCUUACCCCCCCACCCCCUCUGCUUUUCCCCUCACCUCUCCCUCUGUGUCUCUUGCUGUCUGUCUGUGUAGCCUAUCAAUGUGCAGUGCUAAACCUGUCAGUAAAUAAAGCCUGUUGUUUUUGACUGUGAUGUUAAGGAGGAAGAAAACAUUGCAUUGAUUAAUAACUUAUAUUAUUACUAUGUUACUAUCAGAAAAUUACCUGUAAUUAAUGAUACAAUGAUGACAUGGAUUAUGCUGACUAAUUGUUAUUGAGAACUGUCAGAAAACAUUACAAAAUUCAUAAUAAAAACACUAUAUGACGUCUC